AAUUUGUUUAAUUAGAUGCACUGAACGUUUCCACACGGAACAGGAUUUACAGACACACCUCUUACAACAUGCGGAUCAUUCUCCCCAUAAUUGUAGAAAUUGUAAUGGGAUAUUCAGAUCGGCAUUAGCACUGAGGCGGCAUAAAGACAACUGGCCCCAGUGCCAUUCUCCUCCUAUCGGAAUGCACCUCCCUUUCUUUGUCAAUCCUAUAGAUCAAUUUUCCUUUGUUGGUAGUGAUUUAAAUGAAUUUGUUGAGCAAAGUGAUAAUGAGGAGGAUAGCGAUGAGUACCAACAAAAAUCUCGUUAUGAGACACUUAGAUCAGCAAAAAAUGAUGGGGUUUUAACAAGGAAAACAACACAGGAUUCUGGUUAUCAUGGAUCUGACACUCACAGUCCUGCUGGCCAUUCACCAAUUGAUGAUAGCUCCGGUUCCUUCCCUUCGUCUUCUCAUUCGUUUGAUUUUAACCAAAAAAUUUCUGUCAAAAACGAUUUAUCCGAUUUUGGAGGAUUUGCUUCCGUUGGAGAAGUUUAUUCGUCUACUAAUUACAAUGAGAGUCUAGCCAAAAACGGGGGAACAAAAAUACUAUGAGUAUG